AGUGGAAGCAUGAGGUGGAGAUAAAGGGGAGGAGGAACCUGGAGAGAUAAGCCCCAACGACCCCUACACUUCUAAAACGACGUCGAAUGAAUCCAAACGACACCGCAUUGUGUUUGCAAGCGAAAAAGAUGCGACUUGUUGUUGUCCGUCUUCUUCUUCAACCGUGUUGGGCAACUCCGUCUCUCCGUUGCUUUCUUCCUCUGAUCGAGGGUUCGAUUCCCCAUAGCAGAUUCAGUUCUGGGAGAAGAUAUAGGUUGAAUCGUGUGACUGCAGAUAUGGAGACUCAAAACAAACUAGUGGAAAAAGCUAAAAGACCUGCUGGUUUCAGAUUGUGCAGAGUCACUGGUACGAUGACGGAGAUAAUGGAGAUUAAAGCUGAGAAUCCCACAUUCCAUGUAUUGUUUAUCCCGGGGAAUCCAGGUGUUGUGUCAUUUUACAAGGAGUUUUUGGAAUCUUUAUAUGAGUUUCUUGAUGGCAAUGCAUCUAUAGUUGCUAUUGGGCAUAUAUCUCACACGAGCAAGGACUGGGAGUCUGGGAGGCUGUUUUCGUUUCAAGAACAAAUCGAUCAUAAGAUAGAUUUUAUCAGACAGGAGUUGGAGAGCGUGAAUGUUCCAAUAGUAUUGGUUGGGCAUUCCAUUGGAUCUUAUAUAUGCCUUGAAAUAUUGAGGAAGUUCUCGAAGAAGGUGGUAUAUUGCAUUGGCUUAUAUCCAUUUUUGACUUUGAACCAACAAUCAACAACACAGUCAUUAAUCGGGAAACUUGCAGCGUCUUCUGUUCUGUCAGCUACAGCAAGUUUUCUGAUUGCAUCACUGAGACUGUUACCUAUGUCAGCUGCACGGUUGCUUGUGUCCAAAUCUGUUGGAGCUUCAUGGUCUGAUGCUGCUGUUCAAGCUACUUGCACUCACUUGAGGCAGUACCACACGAUGCGCAAUGUUCUCUUUAUGGCAAAGUCAGAGUUUAGAGAGCUUGCAGCAGAGCCAGAUUGGGAUUUCAUGAGGGCAAACCAAAACAAGCUUGCAUUUUUAUUUGGCAUUGAUGAUCACUGGGGUCCAUUGCAACUCUUUGAAGAGAUUUCUAAGCAGGCUCCGGGUACUUCCUUAUCUAUCGAAAGGGAAGGUCACACGCACGGAUUCAGCUGCACGGUGGCUGGCUCAGAAUGGGUUGCGCAUCACAUAGCCACUCUGAUCAAGAACCGGUUUUCACAGCUCCAAUAAAGUACAUUCCCCUUCCUCUUCCUUAAACACAGUAAACCAGUAUGUGUUUUGUUUGUUUUACUAAAACACAGUGUAGUUUAAUAAUAAUUGUCUUUUGGUUAUGUAAAAAAAAUGUUUGGUAUCAGGUCUUGGUAAAACUGAACCACCGUUCGUAUAUACAUUCUUAUAGUUUGUUU